AUGCCAGUGAGGUCUUUAGAGGCAUAUCUUUUCGAGAGGGGCGUUGUCGGUUCUGCAUCCAUUGAUAUUUUGCAGAACUGCACUCUGGGUAUUGAUGUGAACCAUUAUGUGUCCCGUUUAUUGACCAGUAAGCGUGAGCAGUAUUUGGAUGCAAUUGGGGGACCACCUACAAGUCUCAGGAUGUACAUUGAUUCUGAUUUGGAGGUUUUCCAAGAGAACAAUGUGACGCCAGUGUUUUUGUUUCCAGGAUCAUUGACUUCGAACCAAUUAGACUACCAGUCAUACUCUACUGCGGGAGCAGACUUACUGAACUCAAUGGGGUCCCAAACCGGUAAUCCUGGUAGUGGAAAGAGUCCCUUGGCGUCAGCAAUAGCCCAGAGAAAUCGGGCUUGGGCACAGUGGACGAAUCUGUUGAACCAAAACAAGUCUACGUACAUUGACCAGCCAUUGGUUCCCAAUGAAGUGUUCAGACAUGGUGCUCCGAUUGACUUGAAAAGGUUCCAAGCGGAUCUAAUUCAUUAUUUCAUCGAAAAGGAUGUUCGUUUUCAAGUUGCGCCAUAUUGUAGCUGGAUGCAGUUGGCUUACUUGUAUGAGAUGGAGUACAUCGACGCGAUAUACGGGCCAACCGAACUUUUAAUGUUGAAAAACGUUCCAAAGUUUAUUGUUGGUAUGGAGUUUCCAAACAAAGAAUUCAGAUUUGUUGACUCACAACGUGUCUUGCACGAAUUGAAGUGUAACUUGGAGGACUUUAUUGAUAUUUGCAUGGCCAUUGGUAACGAUCUACAACCAAAAACAUUGCCUCCUUUACAAGUCUACCCAUCGGUCCAGCUGUUUGAGACCGCACUUGAUAUGUCCGUUAACGGUGGUACAAACUACUAUACCUAUCUCCUAACAAACCCUGUGAAAAUUGAUAUGUCACAAGAGAUUGAGAGUUACCAAAAGGGGGUUUCUUCUUUGAAAUAUAUGCCUGUCUUGACUGAAAGCGGAAGAGUCGAGCUUUACACUCCAGACUCUCAUAAUCCAAUUGCAACGGAAUCGGAAAGCUCGAAAUCAUCAUCUCCAGAACCAAUUCCAAACGACGUUCACGAAUUUAUUCAGCAGAGAUUGCCACACGAGUACAACUUUUACAGAUCAAUUGGCUUGAUAGGUAAUGACUUGCUUACCACAUUGGCAACUGGUAUAUAUGCGGAAUAUGCCCCGCUAGAUGGUGGCUCUUCCGAAUCUUACAAAGAAUUGGUUAAAAAAUCAAUUGACAUUUUCAAAACCAAGGCUGUCAACUUAUUGACUAGCCCAAUAAACAGGUAUUACCAAAUAAAGCAAAUGAAGUACAUUUCAUGGUUCAACCCUGGUAAUGAAGUGGUUUCUUCUGGUAGGAUUUUGCCAACGAUCUUUGAAUCUGUAAAUCGAAUUGCUGUUUGCACAAAGGAAACUGAAGAAUUUAGCAUUUCUAAAUUAGUCAAUCUAUUGUCGGGUACAAAAGAUUUGUCAAGAUUCAUCACUGAUAAAGUCUUAUUCCCUGCAUCAGUUCCAGCUGAUGAAAAAUUGACGACACCCUUCGAUCUCUUAGCAACGAACUUUUUGAGAUUUUUGACAAUUUUAGGAUUUUAUGAACUUGAUAUAGAAUCCAAAAAAUUGACUCCAUCAAAAUACGGUAUUCUAUUGUCGGAGCUUAACGAAUUAGAUGUUUCUCCAGAAAAUCUAGAGUCUGUUCUCAUUCUAAUAGUGUUCAUAAAACUAGGUGUUCUAUCACUAUCAGAAGAAACUCACCCUGUAACCCCACCCGCUUUAUCAGCAGCUACUUUGCGUUCAUAUCCAAAAGAAUCACAAUACAUUUUAGUACUAACACGUGUCUUGACAAUGUAUCAACUCUCACAAAAGCCAGUCAACUACUAUGGACCAAUUGACAAAAAACUAUUGAUUUUUAGAGAUCACCUCGAUCUUGUUAAGAAGAAUUUGUGCCAGCUCUUUGAGAGUGUCACUGUCAGCUCUUUGGUAACUGGCGAGUUUGAUAGAUUGAGUUUGGAUAAUGAUGGAUGGAUCAACUCCAUAGUUAAAUUAAUGCCUUUCAAACUGUCUUCACCAAAUACUAUAAUGGCCAUGAUGUGGGAAUUUUACCUGCAGAAAUGGUUGCAUAAUGGACAUGAUAAAGAGGAUGCAAUGAAUUUGAUAUCAGUUACUUUUUCGGCAUAUAAAUCCGUUCCUAAACUAGAGGAAGAAUUCAGAAAGUCAUUCGAGCUAAUUGAACAGGUCGGUACGGUUUACGCAAGAAUGGCAGAAUUGGGAUUGAUUAAGCAAAGUGAUCUGGAAACCUAUGAAAAUGCUUAUAGAUUUAUCACGGAAACGUACUCACAAUGA